GUGAACCCAUAAACCUCCGGAGAUCUGCUUCUAUAUAAAAACGCUUUGGUAAAAUCACCUUCACAGAAUCUGCCUGUCAUCCUCCCUGAAUGUCAUCCUCGCUGCAUGGACGCCUGGAAGUCUCGGGAUAUUUCUAACAUGGACCUGGAGGUUACAGCUAAAAUACUUUCCGAAUGGAAGAGCCGUGAAAGUACUUUUGGAGAAGAUCAGGACUCGCCGCAAUCCACCUCACCGGAAUCCUCGAUGGACUCCAUGUGCUCCUCCCCGGAGAUGUGCUACUCCGGCGGGCAUCAGGAGAUCAAGGAUUUCUCUUUUGGCUUCUCGGGGCGCAGGACGGCUCCGGCAGCGCAAAGGCACGGCAAGCCCAAGAUGUCCACCAAGAGACGCAUGAAGGCUAGCGAGAGGGAGAAGAUGCGGAUGAGGAGCCUCGCAGAGGCCCUGCACCAGCUCCGCGACUACCUGCCGCCGGACUACAGCAAAAGAGGUCAACCUCUAACCAAGAUACAAACCCUCAAAUACACCAUUGAAUACAUCAACAAGCUUUCAGACAUCCUGAGCCGCGCGUAACGGACACAAAAUGGACCACUUUUACGCAUUAGGUUCAUCCUCAUCUGGACAUUUGAUGGAGUUAGUUUUAUAUCUCUGAUGAGUACCAUAUUAAACUCAAUCAGUAAAAUUCAUUUAAUAUUCUUCUUCUCUUUUUGCCCUUCUCAUGAUGUAAAUAUUCUUUUAGCGGGCACUUGACAAUUAUUUUUGUAUAUGAGGCUGUCUUUGUUGGAAUUAUGAAUUCAGUGUUUGGAAAUAGAGUUUGCUGUUAGUUGAGAUGUAUGUGUUCAUGAGUGAAAUAGGCUACAGCCAUAAUGAUGAAAAUAUCUCCAAUAUUCUCAUGUUCGUUUUAGAAUUCACUACAUCAUACUCAUUAGUAUGAUACUCCUGGUAUAUUGUAGAGCUUAAGUAGCUGUGUGACAUUUUGAAGUUUUUUGUGUCUGAAGGUUAUUAAAUAAGUAGCUCUGAUGUUUUUGUAUGGGACAAGUAAAAUAUAAAAUUCUUCACGUUUUUUUUUCCCAGUUAUGAAAUAUAUCAGGCUGGUUUCACAUUUUGAAGUUGUCACAUAAAUCCAAUGUAUUCACCGUGUGUCAGACGCAUUUCAUUUCCACAAGCAUGGUUUCUACUGAAAAAUCUACAAUAAAUGUAUGUUCCGUGUUGAA